AUGGAUUUCGAAACAAUUGCAAGUCAGAUAAUUCAUCGAAGAAAGUCCUCAAAAUUGAGGCCAUGGCAGAAAUUGAAGUCGAAGGUGAUAAUUAGUGGAUUUGAGAAAGUUAGAUCUAAAUACGACUCAGUUAUGUCAGGAAAAUUUUCCGAUUUACCCCGAAUGAACAGCAAAUCUAUUCGUGUUUUCAUAAGCUCAACGUUUUCCGAUCUGAACUUGGAACGAAAUGUGUUAAUGAAGCACGUCUAUCCGAAGCUAAAGGCUUACUGCCGUGAAAAGUAUGGUUUUGACUUCUAUGCUAUUGACAUGCGCUGGGGAGUGCCAGAUGUCAGUCAACUAGAUCAUCUUGGCCCCAAGACAUGUUAUGAUGAAGUUGAACACUGCAAAUCUGUUUCAGUUGGCCCACCAUUUCUUACUGUACUUGGUCAGCGUUAUGGAGAAUAUGAGAUUCCAUUUUCUAUUACCUCAGAAGAAAUGGAACUUAUCAAGGAGUGGUCAAAAAAGAUACCUGAUCUGCCUGAUAAAUGUUCUGAAGUUUUUGAAGAAUGGUAUUUGCGCGAUGAAAAUGAUAUAAACCAAGUCUAUCAAUUAAAACCUACUGUGGAAUCAUUUCAACUGGAAGAUAAGAAAUUUAUACAAAAAGCUAAACAACGAUGGUAUGAAUGCCGUGGAAUUAUGCAAAUUGGGAUAAGUAAAAUAAUCCCUGUACUAACUGAAAAAGGGUUAAUAUCAAAACAAGAAGCAAGAAAAUAUGCAAUUUCAGUUACUGAACAUGAAAUUAUAUUUGGCCUACUGAAUGCCGAUGAUUCAAUUAAGCGUAGAUGUGCCGCAUUCACACGAAAUAUCAAAGAAAUUGAUCAGGUUAUACAAAGUAAAAAAGCAGAUAAAUUUUUAGACCUCAAUCAUGAUGGUACAUUAGAUGAAACACGUUAUGAACAGAUAAAUGACUUAAAGAAUAUUACUUUGGCUGCUGUAUUGAAAGAGAAUAAUAUACGUACGUAUGAUGUACCAUGGAAAGUAUUUGUAAAUAAUGGUCUAGAACGUUCCUUAUAUUUACGAAAAUUUAGUAUGGAUUUUGAAAGUAAAACAAUUGCUCUAAUUGAUAAAGCGGUAUCAGAAAUGUCAACUUUUGAAAAUGAUGAUUUAUAUGUGGAGGUUUUGCAGCAUUUAAAUCAAUGCAAUGAAUUUGUAAAAGAAUUCCAUGGUCGUUACAAUGUCUUAGAGAUUGUGAAACGUUAUAUUCAAGGAAGUUCUUCAGAUCCAUUUGUAAUUUAUGGUCAAUCUGGUAGUGGUAAAACAUCUGUAAUGGCUAAACUUGCAGUUUUAGCAAGAGAUUGGACAAAUGAAAUGACUGAUUCCACAAAAAAUAAUCACGCUAGUCCAUAUAUUCGAAUACGAUCUAAACAUUUGAAAAGUGAUAAAGUUAAUACUGAAGAUAAAGAAUUAACUUCGAGUGAAACAAUGUAUGGUUCUAUAUCAACCAGUUCUCAUGAUUCAACUAUUAUAAUAAUAAGAUUUUUAGGAACAAGUCCAGGUACUUCAACAUUACGUCAGACACUGAAAUAUAUCUGUCGUCAACUUGUUUCAAAUAUCAAUAGUAUUGGAAGUAUGACUAAUUCAGAAUCAUUUACAUAUAUAGAUGCUGAAGCUAUUCGUGCACAAGAUGAUUUCCAGUCUAUUCUCAACACAUUUUAUGACCUCUUGGCUCAACUGUCAAACAUGCAGAGAUAUGUGAUUCUGUUUCUUGAUGCUAUAGAUCAACUUGAACCUUCGGAUGGUGCAUAUUUUCUUGGGUGGAUAAGAGUCCCUCUACCUAGAUAUGUAAAAUUCAUCAUUUCCACACUACCAGAUAUUGGUGAUAUAUUAGAUCAUUUUAGAUCAAGUUUUCUCACUUCACCUUUACCUUCACGAAAUUCAAAUGAUUUAGAAAACAAUGCAGCAGAUUGUUCACUGUAUAAUAAUUUCGUUGAAGUUGAAGUACUGGAUGACAAUUUGUGUGAACAAUUAUUGAAAACUAGAUUGAAUUCUAACGGAAGAUGUCUACAGCCAUUUCAGUGGAAAUUGGUUCGCAGAGCAUUGUCACACUGUCAUUUAACAUUAUUUGUAGUUCUUGUAGAACGUGUAGUGAGUCAAUGGAAGUCAUGGCAUCAGCCUGACUUCAUUUUACAGAAUGCUGAUAAUCAAAUGGAAUCAAAAAUCUGUUCAGAAAAAGAAGUCCAACUGGCUCUCAAACAAUGGCCGAAUCUAGAAUUAGCCUUAACGGUUAGAGGAGCUAUUGUACAAUUCUUUGAAUCAUUAGAACAUACGCAUGGAAAACUUUUGACUUCUCAUGCUAUAUCAUACAUCACAGCUUCACGUCGUGCUGAACGUGAAGCUGAUGGGAUAACAGUUGUAUUUUGGUAUCAUCGUCAAUUUAUUGAAGCUGCACAAGAUUACUAUCUGUCUGACAUUAGUUACAGACGAAAAAUUCAUUCAAACAUAGCUGACUAUUUUUUAGGCAAAUGGGUUGGUGUUAAAAAGACAUUUUAUUAUCCAGAAUAUCUUGCUGCAAAAUUGAAUCUACCACCAUCCAGUAAUGAGGAUAGAAUGGUACCACCACAACCUUAUGUCUUUGAAGAAUCGAAAACCAGUGUUAAGAAGAAACUACAUUUAAAUUUGAGAAAAUUGAAUGAAUUACCAUGGCAUCUGUAUCAUUCAGGUAGAAUAGAGGAGUUCUAUUCAGAAAUAAUGUUCAAUUAUGAGUUUCUGUACAACAAAUUACGUGGUACAUCUAGGUCACAACUGCUUAUAGAUUUACAACUUCCAAUACAAGCUUACCGUAUAUACAAAUCUGAACAACUUCUUUCUUUGGACGCUCACUUACACCAAGUUUCUAAACAAGAUAUCAGAACAAAACUGGGCGGAUUGAAUUCAGCAUUGUUCAUCAGUCACUCAUCACAAUCAACCUCGUAUAAUGACAAUGUUAAUCAAAGUAAUAUCAUCCCUACAAUUAAUACAGAUAAAGUGCUGUUUAAUGAUCAUUUAGAACCACCACCACCAGAAGCCUUCAAAGUAUACAAUUGUAUACGUAUUGCUGCUCUAAGCUUAGAUUAUCAACCCUCUAGAUCACGUCGUAGUAUUCUAAUGCUAAAUUCAAAGCGUGAAUUAAUUCAUAGACGGCGCAUGAAAGACGAAGAUAAGCAAGUCAACAUAUACAAAGAACUACUGGAAAAACUCUUAAUUCAAGCAAGGAGUCUUGGUUGUAAACAGUGUGCCUUACUACCACGUACAAUGUGUUUUGAUUCAGGCAGUGGCCUACUACAUACCACAUUUGAUAUUGGUCUCGGCAUUGGACGUUUAAUGUCAAAUAAUUUGAUUCUAUCAGUGGCUUUAAAUGGUAAAUCAGUUAGUUGGUAUGAUCUAGACGGUAAUUUAGUAAAGACGAUAAGUUUACCAGAGGUUAACUUAUUUUCAAUGAAAUUUUUAUUAGCUUCACAUUUUGCACCAGAUCCAGUUUCUAUAUGUGCAUUACCGGUUAUCAGAUCACCAGAUAAUAAUACAAACAAUAUUCAACAUUUAGAAGAUUCAAAAGGUAAAGAUAAUCGUUUAUUGUCAAUUGCAAAAAUUGAUUAUUUCUCCGGUCGUGUUACAACUAUAUCUACAUUAGAUGAAAAAUGGUCUGAUCUUUUCAAUAUAUCAUCACUUAUUCUGUUAACUAACGAGUGGAUUGGAUCACUCAUUGGUAUAAAACUUUAUUUGGCUUAUUUACCGAAACAACAAAUGAUUAUUGACGGUUGUUUCCUUGAUUGUAAUUCAUUUUAUUAUUCCAAUUUAAAAAAUAUCAUGAGUUUCACUUUAUCUGGUAUUGGUGUUUUUCUUAUUGAUAUGAAUGAAUGCAGUGUAACUCACUUUUCAAUUCUUGAUAAUUUAAACGUUUACAGUACUGUUAGACUACAGACAAAUUUCGUCACUUCUUUUUGCUUUACAAGUCAUUAUGAGUGUGAUUUACACUUUUAUGAAGUUAUUCAAGUGAAAAAUGAUAAUUUAUCAGAUAUUUCAGAAUUUUUAAAUGAUUACAAAUUGAAGGGAAUAAAUCUUCAAACCCUUAAAUUGUAUCAAGGUCGUUUGAGGAAUAAAAUUCGUUUAGAUAUAUCACAAGCCAAUAAAUUUCUUGGUUGUUCAACUCAUUUAAGUUAUACUGAUCAUUUAGUUGUAUAUUUGUUCAAUAUACGCCGUAAAACUGCUCAAGAUUUCGGUGUAAUAUGGGAUCAGCGAUAUGAAACAUAUGUGAAUUUACAAUUACCAUUUAAUGUUGAACAGGAUAAUUUAAAUAAAGAUGAAGUGAAUUUAACAAAAGAAAUGUUGAAUUAUACACGUACUUAUGGAAAAGGAGUUUCAGCGAUAUUCAGCUAUGAGAAUGACCUUUUAUUUACAACUGGAAAAGAAUGUUUCCUCUUGGUAUGGAGUACGAUGACGGGACAUAUAUUAAAGAUUAUAGCACAAGGCUGUGCAGAAGGUAUUCUAUCAGGUCUGUCAGCGCCUGGAUUAAAUACAGAAGUAACAAUGACAAGCAUAUCAGCAACCACACCAACAACGAAUCCACCACUUAAUGGUUCUGUCCUUGUAAUCUGUCAUUUCCCAGACACAUCAGCACCACAGUACAGUGAGUCACCUGACCAAGCAAUGUUUAUUAUGUGUAAAAUAUUCAAUGUUAAAUCUCUACGUAAACCAGACAAACAUUUAGCUGUAUUAGGUAGUCAACUGUUUGACACUUCUGUUGUAGACCAAAAUCUUAAUACAAAUUUAAAUUUGGAAGAAAUUGCUACCGGUGGUCCAUUGGUAUACAGUCCAGCCAAUAUGUCUAUUGAAUAUGUUUAUGAAGAUGCUUUACCAACGUUGGUUUUAGUAACGCGUAGAAAAGAAGAGAGAGAUGAAGUAGAUAAUUUAAUAUUAUAUGAUUUGGAUGAAGAUUCUAGCAAUCCAAUCUACUCAUGGUCUGAUAAUAGAAUCAAUGCAAAUUCAAUAGACUCCUUCUUAACUACGGAACAACUUGAAGACUGGGCUGCUAAUACUACUACUAUUGCUGCUGCUGCUGCUGAUGCUAGUGGAAACGACAAUGACAAUCAAAGUAAUAAUGAUAACCUUAGCAGUAUCAUUAAUAAUAGCAUUUCAGUAUACUUACAUACAACUGCGACAAAAAUUAAAGUAUUAACAAUGUUUAACAAUCAUCAGUUAUUGGAUAUCUACACAUAUUUAGAUCCAGAACAUAUUGAAGAUUAUUUGCCUAAUCUUUAUGUGCCGACAUCAAGUGGUUAUAUUAACAGUUUUGGUCUGCUGCAAUCGAAAUACGGUAUGCUAACACUGAUACAACCAUUAUUUAGUGAUGGGGAAACUCUUUGUUUACUAAUUAAAGUUUUAAUAUCUUCAAAUAAUAAUAAGAAUGGAUUUAAGAGUAUAUGGGGUGAACAACCUAGACAGAUAAAUUUAUUUGAAGCAUAUCAGUUAAUCAAAACAGCUGGUGGAUUGUUACUGGAUAAACGUGAUUUAGAGCCAAUAUCAUUAAAUCUAUUGACUAAUCGACCAAAUUAUCCUAAUCACAUAAUUAUUGGUUUAAAUGAAUCCCAUAAAACAUUAUAUCCUGUAACUAGAGGUGAUGGGAGAACAAUCGUUUGGUUAGGUGUUAUCGUGAUUGUAGAUUUAGGCUAUCCUCAGGAAAAUGAAGAAUACUUCGUCAAAAAUAUUGAUAAGUAUCCUCAAAUCUUAUACACAACACUUAUUGACUACGGUCCAAAUUUGAUAUUAUUCUCAGAUGGAAUGACUGCCAUUAAUUAUCGACAAACUGUUUACAACAUUGUUACUGGAAAUCGAAAUUAUGAAUCAGAAAGUAACGAAGUUGAUAAAUACUUACAAAAAACGAAAAAACUUACAACAGUUAAACAAGUGGGAAAAUUUAUUGUUAACAAAUUGUCAAAUGAAGAAAACUAUUUCAUUCAAUCAACUGUGUUAGCAUCAAAUGGAAGAUUGCUGAUAGGUAAAAGACAUCAUCCUGAGCAAAAGAUCCAUUUAGACUUGGCUGAUGAAUCAUUCUCUGAUAGCAACGACUCGGAUGAUUCAGAAGCGGAUUAUGGUGCAUCACCAGCAAGAUGUUUAGUCGCCUAUGAAAUAUCGACAACAAGAGAAACUUCAUCAUCACUGUCAUCUUCAUCGAGAAUAACAAAUGAUGUACAACUGAACCUUCUAACAGAGUAUAUGUUUGAAAAUGAACCAUAUAUGUUAUGGUUAUCUAAAGAUGGAAAAACAUUGAUUACUGUAACACCAAAUGAGUAUUUAAGAGGAUUUGAUGUCUGUUUAAAUCAAGAAGACGAUCGUUGUCAAGGAUUGCAGGAAUAUGUGAAUUCACAAACGCAAUUAAAAGAAACAGAAUCAGAUAAAAAUGAUGAAGAAAUAGACGAAGAUUUCGGUAAAUUAACUGAGGAUGAGAAGAAAAUGAAAAUGCUAGACUAUUUUGAUGAAUCAGGAUUGACUGAAAUGAUGAAAACUGCUAUGUUUGAAGCAGCCGAUAAAAGACCAUUUGAUCCGAUAACUUAUAUUGCUGAAAGUCUUGUAAAACAAUAUCACUCACAAAAGAAUUAG